AUGGAGAACAAAGCUGGAUUUCAUCAGGCAAAUGCUCCAGUAAAAAGCGGGUUUUAUAGCUCCAAAACCACAGAAAGUGACGCCAAGACUACGAUAGAGGUGGAGGUAGUGAACCCACAACAGCACAUUGGACUGUUCGGGGCCGUCACUUUCGGGGUCGGCAGCAUGAUCGGAUCUGGGAUCUUCAUAUCGCCCAAAGGAGCCCUUGACCACACAGGAUCUCCGGGUGCGAGUCUGCUUGUUUGGGUGCUCUGCGGAAUACUGUCGAUGUGUAUGGGCCUGGUGUAUGCCGAGCUCGGCACAUUGAUUCCUCGAUCUGGUGGAGACUUCACAUAUAUCCGGAAAGCCUUCGGUCAGUGGCCUUCAUUCCUAGCCGUUUGGGUGGUGCCACUUUUCUCACAGGCGACAUCAUCAUCAGUUCUGGCACUCGUGUUUGCGGACUAUUUUCUACCACUUAUCAUUCCAUCUUGCUCAGCGAAUGGGGUGAUAAGAAAACUGAUUGCAUCGAUCCAUAUUUUGUCAAUUGGAGUUUCAAACGUUUUUAGCCCGCGGCUUGGUGUUUUCAUUCAAAUUGCAAGCACCAUAGCAAAAACCGCGGCAUUAAUUUUAAUCGCAAUUACCGGAAUUGUGGCUUUAGGCAAAGGAUCAACGGACAAUCUUUCUUCUCCGUUUCAAGAUACAACAUCCGACGUAACGUCGUACUCACUUGCUAUUUACGCAUGUUUAUUUGCCUACUCGGGAUACGUUCGAAUUGGAGAAAUCGCUGAAGAAAUUAAAGAACCGAAGAAGAAUAUUCCAAGGGCAAUCAUAAUAUCUAUAAUAGUAGUAACUUCAUUCUACAUUUUGGUCAAUAUUUCCUACUUUGUUUUUCUCCCUAAAACAGAAUUCCUUGGCUCAUCAGCAGUGGCCUAUUCAUGGGCGUUAAAAGCUCUUCCGUCUGUAGCAAUAUUCGUUCCUAUUGGCGUGAUGAUAUCAGUUUAUGGAGCAAAUAACGGAGGCUGUUUCGGCGCUGCACGGGUGAUGUUUGCCGCUGCACGGGCCGGACUUUAUCCGGAGGUUUUAUCAAAUCUACAUACGGAAAAGUCAACACCAAUAAUUUCUUUGCUUCUAUAUCACGGAUUUGCUCUAGCAAUGCUUGUACCGGGAGAAGUUGGGUCCCUGAUAAAUUUUACUAGUUUUUUGACAUCUUUCAUUCUUUUGCUGUCUUCGCUGUCACUUUUACGACUUAAAUACUUGCUGAGAGAUACAAAACGUGACACGUUUUAUGUACCUUUCGUCCUUCCUAUAUUUACCAGCUUAGUUAAUAUAUUUCUUAUUGUGGCUCCUUUCAUCUCAUCUCCACGUAUUGAGUUUGUCUACGGGGCAGUAUUUGCAUUCGGAGGUUACAUAUUGUACAUUCCUUUUGUCCAUUUCGGACUCAAGCUACCAGGGACAGAUAAAGUGACAAUGGGUCUACAACUUUUAUGUAAUGUAUGCCCAACUGAAAAGAUUGAUUGAAUGAAAAGGUUUUUGAA